GAACUUCAGUUGACGUUUGUUCGGUUUUCUGGGUGGAUACCAGAUCCUGAGAUUUGCACACUCAAAUCAAAAUGGCAAAAAUCAACGAGGACUUGUAUUAUGAUCUGGCCAUGGAACUUGUUCGCGAUGCCGGAAAAGUACUGCGGGAAUCUAUUAAUGGAAGGAAGACAAUUACGGAGAAGCUUUCAAACUGGGAUCUGGUUACUGAGUAUGAUCAAAAGAUCGAGGAUACAAUAAUAGGAAGAGUGAAGAAAGAAUAUCCUAAUCACAAAUUUAUAGCAGAAGAAUCUACUGGGAAAAAUCUACCAGAACUGACAGAUGAUCCAACGUGGAUCAUUGAUCCGAUCGAUGGAACGUUAAACUAUGUUCAUUCAUUUCCACACACGUGUGUCGUAAUUGGAAUAGCUGUCAAGAAAGAAAUGGUCAUUGGAAUUGUCUACAAUCCCAUUUUGGAACAACUCUUCACAGCGAGAAAAGGCCAAGGUGCUUUUCUGAAUGGAACACCUAUAAAAACGUCUAAAAUUGAAGAUUUAUCGAAAGCUUUGGUUUGUUUGGAAGUGGGAUUCAUGAAAGCAGAGAGUAUGCGAGAACUUACAAUUGAAAGGGUUAAAGCUGUUCUUAAAGAAGCUCAAGGAAUCCGAACGCUCGGAGUGGCUGCUUUGACUCUGUGCUAUGUCGCACUUGGAAUCGUUGAAGCGUACCAUAUCGAAGGUCCGGGAAUCUCUACGUGGGACAUAGCUGCAGCUUCUUUAAUUAUUACGGAAGCCGGAGGUGUUGUCUUAGAUCGGAAAACUGGUGAGAGGAUAAACAUUAUGAAGCCACGAGCGAUCGGUGCCUGCAAUGCAAAAAUCGCAACUGAUCUAUUUCACAUUAUUCGCGAAGCCGACAGUAAAGUUAUUGAAAAUAACAAGUAAUUAAAAAAGUUUCUUCUAUUUAAAAUGCAGAUAACCAGUGAUUUUUAAUAAAUUU